AUGGCAGAUUUUUUGGAGUCAGAGGCAGAGGAAAGCGAGUUGGAAUCUGAAGAUGAACAACCGGCAGAACGUAAAAAGCCAAAACGAAAAGCUGCAGUUCAAAGCGAUGACGAAGAUGACGAAGAAGAAGAUGAUGAAGAGAGACUUCGGGAGGAAUUAAAAGAUUUAAUUGAUGAUGCGCCUAUUGAGGAGUCUGGAAGUGAUGGGGAGGAUUCAGAUGCCAGUGUUGGACCAAAAAAAAGAAAGAAAAGUGAUGAUGAGUUGGAUGAUAGAUUGGAAGAUGAAGAUUAUGACCUUAUUGAGGAGAAUCUUGGAGUUAAAGUUGCUAGAAACAAGUUCAAGCGCUUAAGGCGCUUAGAAGAUGAUGAUAGUGACAAUGAGGGAGCUGAUGAUCCAGAUUUGGAAAGAGAAGUGAUUGCAGAGAAGCUUUUUGUUGGUGGUUCAGAUGAGGAGGAUGAAAACCGUUCAGAAUCUGCUGCUCCACGUGAAGCAGAGUAUGAUGACGAGAAUGAGGACAUGGAAUCAGAUGCUGAUGACUUUAUUGUGGAUGAUGAUGGUCGGCCCAUUGCUGAGCGCAAAAAGAAACGAAAGCCUAUCUUUACAGAUGCUUCUCUUCAAGAGGGCCAAGAUAUAUUUGGUGUUGAUUUUGAUUAUGAUGAGUUUGAGAAAUAUGGUGAGGAAGAUUAUGAAGAUGAAGAAGAUGAAGAUCUUGAUGAGUACAUUGAAGAUGAGGAGGAAGAAGGUGAAAGAAGAAGAACCAAGAAAGGGAAGGCUAAGCGACCAAGCAAAAAGUCCAUAUUUGAAAUUUAUGAGCCCAGUGAAUUGAAAAGGAGUCAUUUUACUGAUUUAGAUAAUGAGAUACGUAAAACAGACGUUCCAGAGAGGAUGCAGAUCCGUGAGGUACCUAUAACGCCGGUAGAGGAAGGUAGUACAGAAUUAGAAGAUGAAGCCGAAUGGAUAUACAAGCAAGCAUUCCUAAAACCACCUGUAUCAAAGGCUGAUACACAAGAGGCACGCGAGAGGUCGCGAAGAGGUUCAAGUACGGUUGUCAAAAUUCGUCAGGCCUUAGAUUUUAUGCGAAAUCAAACGUUGGAGGUGCCAUUCAUUGCAUUCUAUCGCAAAGAAUAUGUUCAGCCAGAGCUCAGCAUCAAUGACUUAUGGAAGGUCUAUAAAUAUGAUGCCAAGUGGUGUCAAUUAAAGCAGCGCAAAGAAAAUUUGCUUAAAUUAUUGGAAAACAUGCGCGAAUUUCAAUUAGAUAAAGUGAUGGCCAACCCCGAUGCACCUAUACCUGAGAAUAUGCGUCUUAUAAAGGAUGAAGAUAUAGAAAGGUUGAAAAAUGUGCAAACUCCAGAAGAGUUGCGGGACGUGCACACACACUUCCUUCUGUACUAUUCUAAUGACCUACCGGAGAUGCAAAAGCUACAGCGCGCUAAGGAGAAGCAAAAGGAGAUAGAAGAGAAAAAGAGAGUGGCACGGGAGGAAGCGGAGAAGAACGGCGAGGACCCGGAGGAGGCGGCGGCCGCGGUGGAGGCGGCGCUGCCCGACGACGCGGCGCCGCAAGCCGACGUCAAGUGCGCCGUGCGCUCCGGGCCCUACGAGCUGUGCCGCAAGGCGGGCAUCGAACCACUAGUGAAGAUGUUCGGUCUAACGCCCGAGCAGUUCGCGGAGAACGUUCGUGACAAUUAUCAGCGGCAUGAAGUAGAACAGCCACCUGUACCACCGUUGGAAGCUGCUGCUCCGUUCUGCGGCGCAAGCGGUUCGGCGAGCGAGGUGGUGCGGCGCGCGGUGUACAUGUGCGGCGUGCAACUGGCGCGUGAGCCGCUGCUGCGUGGCGCACUGCGCGACGCGCUGCGCGAGCGCGCCACGCUCUCCGUGCGCCCCACGCAGCGCGGCCUCAAGGAGAUCGACGAGAGCCACGCCUGCUACAGCAUGAAGUAUCUUAAAAAGAAACCAGUGCGUGACCUGACUGGUGACCAAUUCCUGAAGCUGACCAUGGCUGCGGAGGACCGACUUAUAGAACUGAGCAUCAGUGAGCAAAUCGAAGGCAACACAAGUUCGAGCUAUUUGGAAGAGCUCAAACAGCUUUAUCAGAAGGACGAGUUCGCGGCGACGGUGCAGGCGUGGAACGAGCUGCGCGCGGAGGCGGUGAGCCUCGCGCUCACCAAGAUCGUGAUGCCCGAGCUGCGCCGCGAGCUGCACGCCGUGCUGCUGCAGGAGGCCAAGGACUACGUGCUCAAGUGUUGCCGCCGACGUCUGUAUGACUGGCUGAAGGUGGCGCCUUAUGAGUCAAGAGUGUCUGACGAUGAUGAUGAAGAAUGGGAUACAAACAAUGGGCUGCGCGUGCUGUCGAUCGCGUACGUGCCGGACCGGCAGCACUCGGCGUUCGCGUGCCUGGUGGCGGGCGGCGGCGAGGUGGCCGACCACCUGCGCCUGCCGCACCUGCUGUACCGCCGCAACGCCUGGGACGCCGCCGAGCGCCAGAACAAGGAGGCCGACAUGACGGCCAUCAGGAGGUUUAUCCUGCGUAAGAAACCACACGUGGUGGUAAUAGGCGGCGAGUCCCGUGAGGCGUUGAACAUUAAAGCGGAUAUAGGUGACUGCAUCCAAAGGCUGGUGGAGGACGAACAGUUUCCUCGGAUACCUAUCGAAAUUGCCGACAACAACAUCAGCAAGAUCUACAGCAAUAGUAUACGAGGGCGGAAUGACUUCAGAGAAUAUCCAGAAAUGUUGCGUCAAGCAAUAUGUCAGGCUCGACUGCUACAAGAUCCUCUAAUGGAAAUAUCACAGCUAUGCGGACCCGACGAAGAAAUUCUGUGCCUCAGAUAUCAUCCGUUACAAGAUCAGAUAAGCAAGGAAGAUUUGCUCGAUGGAAUCGAACUCGAGUUCGUGAAUCGAGUGAACGAAGUUGGUGUAGAUGUUAACGAAGCUAUAUUGACCGGUCGCGGAACUGAACUGCUUCAGUUCAUCUGCGGUUUAGGCCCGAGAAAGGCUCAAGCAUUAAUAAAACUUUUCAAACAAACUAAUCAAAAGCUAGAGAAUAGAACUCAACUUGUAACAGUAUGUCAUAUGGGGCCUAAAGUGUUUAUAAAUUGUUCGGGAUUCAUUAAAAUAGAUACAAGCAGCCUUGGAGAUAGUACGGAAGCGUAUAUUGAAGUUCUUGACGGGUCCAGAGUCCACCCUGAAACCUAUGAAUGGGCCCGCAAAAUGGCAGUCGACGCUUUGGAAUACGAGGAUGAAGAUGCCAACCCUGCGGGUGCUUUAGAAGAAAUUUUAGAGGCUCCUGAAAGACUGAAGGAUUUAGAUUUAGAUGCUUUCGCCGAGGAAUUAGAGCGGCAAGGUUUUGGUAAUAAAAGUAUUACAUUGUAUGAUAUUAGAGCAGAAUUGAACUCUAGAUAUAAAGACCUUAGAGUUCCAUAUCGAUCGCCAACUGCUGAGGAGUUGUUUGAUAUUUUGACAAAAGAAUCUCCAGAAACCUUCUACGUGGGGAAGAUGGUCUUGGCAUCGGUUGUCGGCAUUACACAUAGAAAGCCGCAGAGGGAGAUGUUGGAUCAGGCGAAUCCCGUGAGAAAUGAUGAGACCGGGUUAUGGGAAUGUCCCUUCUGUCAUAAAAAUGAUUUUCCUGAGUUAUCUGAGGUAUGGAAUCAUUUCGAUGCUGGUGCGUGUCCGGGUCAAGCGACUGGUGUCCGUAUACGACUGGAUAACGGCGUGUCCGGGUACAUUCACAUAAAGAACUUAUCGGACCGGCACGUUACUGAUCCGACGGAACGCGUCCGGAUCGGACAGACCGUCCACUGUCGAGUACUGAAGAUAGAUGUUGAACGUUUUUCUGUCGAUUGCACUUCGAAAUCAUCAGAUCUAUUGGACAAAAAUAAUGAAUGGAAACCACCGAAAGACCCAUACUACGACCAAGAAUCUGAGGAUAAGGAUCUUCGCAAGGAGACAGAAGCCAAACAAACAAAAGAGCGUAUGCAGUAUGUUAAGCGGGUGAUUGUACAUCCGGCCUUCCAAAACAUUUCUUUUGCCGAGGCGGAGAAGCUUAUGGAGAAUAUGGCGCAAGGAGAAGUUAUUGUACGGCCUAGCAGUAAGGGUUCUGAUCAUUUAACAGUCACAUGGAAAGUGGCUGAUGGUAUUUAUCAACACAUCGACGUAAGGGAGGAAGGAAAGGAGAAUGCUUUCUCAUUAGGUCGAAGUUUAUGGAUACAGGGUUCGGAGUUCGAAGACUUGGACGAAAUUAUCGCCCGAUACGUCACUCCUAUGGCGGGACACGCGCGUGAUCUCAUCGCCUAUAAAUAUUACAAACCGCUCGGCGGCAUGAGAGAUAAGGCUGAAGAGUGGCUCAAAGAAGAAAAGUCGAAAAAUCCCAACAAAAUACACUACGUAAUUUCCGCCGCCAAAAACCACCCGGGAAGGUUCCUGCUCUCUUACUUACCACGAUUGAGGUGUACUCACGAGUUCAUAUCGGUGACACCAGACGGUUACAAGUUCAGACAGAGAAUGUUCGACUCGUUAGGCGGAUUAUUAAAAUGGUUUAAGGAGCACUUCAGAGAUCCGCCGCCGUCGGGUACGCCGGCACAACGCACGCCAGGUCUGCGCACGCCGCACGGCGGCAUGACGUCCGCGAUGUACCACACGCCGGCGGCACACACUCCCGCCUUCCACACGCCGGCGCACACGCCGGGCCCGGCCUACAUCAACACCCCAUACACGCCCUCCGCACAGACGCCAUACAUGACACCAUUCGCGACGACCCCGCGCCAGCCGGACUUCCUGACGCCCGCGGUGCCGCGACACAAGCCCGUGCAGAUGCCGAUGUACGCGGAGCCGUCCGAUUGGCAAAAGGCGGCCGAGGAUUGGGUGCGGCAUCGGACGAUCCGCGACUCUCCGGCGACCCCGCGCAGCAGCGAAGGGAUGUCGACUCCGCGCCACGAGUCCCGCACGCCGCGCCACGAGUCCCGGACGCCGCGGCACGAGUCCCGCACGCCGCGUCACGAGUCCCGGACCCCGCGUCACGAGUCCCGGACGCCGCACAGCACGCCGCACGGGCACAGUUCGGGCCGCUCGUCGCGCUCGCAUUCCGUCCGCUCCACGCCCCACACGAAUACAUCGCCGCGAUCUAUGUCGCUCGGUGACGCGACACCGCUCUACGACGAGAAUUAA